AUGGUCUCUACCGACGAGCGCGCAGAUGCCAUGGACAUCGAGGUGUCGCCCAAAAACAGGACGUCGGUCGAACACGACAUACACCAGUCGCUCGGUUCCAUCAGCAACUCCGUCGAGUCUCUCGAAAUGCGCGCCGAUCCGGAUGCGCAAGCCACCGUCACUGACUUCCUCGACUUUACCGAAUACCUGCCUUCCGAUAUGACGCGAUCUUUGACCCUGAUCGGCAAGCUCGAUCAAACGUACAGUGAAGCGUCACUCAACAUCCACAACCUCACCUCGACCUGGGGCAAGCUACCUAGUAUUCCCGCCGAGGAGCGCCCUUCUCCCGUACAGCUACGCGCAGAUAUUUCAGACAGUCUGAACCAUGCAGUCAGCUCGCGUGUUUACGCACAUGCCGAAGCAGUCCGCAUGUCUGAAAACGUCAAUAGACACUAUAAUCGGGCAAACACGAUAUUGGCCAAGUUGAAGAACUUGCUGGAAAAUUAUCCGGCAGAGGAACAAAAGAGCCCUGUGGCGACUUCCAAGUCCCAGCUUGUCAGAGCGCCGCGGGUGAUACGAAAUGGAGACGGCGAGAAGGUGCGCAGGCCACAGAUACCCAGGAUUACUGUGCCUGGCGAAGUGCUGCCGCCGUAUGAUCAGUUUGUGGCGUACUCGGACGACAGCGACGAGAGCUCCGAAGAGGACGAUGACGAGUCUCUGGGCCGGACGCCAGCUCGGACGACACCUGCACCGCGAAUCAAAGUUGUCAAGACCCCCAAAGCCAGGCCACCAAAGACUCCAAAGGCUGCGUCUUCGGCGCGACCUCCCAAAUCUGCUGCGAAUCUGGCUGCUGCUGCAACCCCUGCGGUUGUGCUGCAGCCCCCACCAGAAAACGCCGUGAUCGGGAGCGCCGAUGCCCCCUGGUUGCAGUUGACGCCAUGGGAAUUGGCGAGGCUUAGAAAGCGCAUGAAGAAGAACGCAACCUGGAGCCCAAGUGAUACCAUGAUUUUACGAGAACUGAAGACGCUCGGCCGUGGAAUUGACGCCUAUAAGGAGGCGAAAAAGAAGGCCGAGGACGAGGGCAGAGUCUUUGACCAAGUACCUGUGGCUCUGGCCCCUGAUGCUGAGGCUGGGAACAAACCCAUCCCUGAGGGCGCUAUUAGCGCCGCUGCGCUUGCAUCUGAUGAUAUUCAGCUAAGCAAUCGGGGCAUGAAGCUUAACGAGGCCAAGAAGCUCAAGCGAGAGUCCCUUGCUAAGCAGGCUGCUGAAGAGGCGGAAGAAUCAGCCAGACAGUUUAGGGAAGCUGCGAGGCUUUUGAUGUCUCACGAAGCGUCGUCAUCAUCAGUCGCGAACAACAAUAGCAACAACAGCAACAGCAACAACAACAACAACAGCAACAAUAACAAUAACAAUAGCAACAACAACAACACUACUUCCUCCACCUCGAAUAACAAUGCGAGCAACCCCCCUGCCGAUCAGUCGAAAGGCGCAGGCAAAGCGAAGCCUCCAGCUAAGCCGAAAUCGAACGGCAACAAGCGGAAAAGAGACUCUGUUCCAGAAGCCGAGGCCGAGAAGCCUGAGCAGCCGCCAGCUGAGACACCAGCGGCCCGUCCCGCUCCAAAACGCACCAAGACGGAAACUCCGGUUCCGCUUCCUCAUCUCAGAGCCAGUCUCAUCGCACAACCGCUAGCAGAGUCUCCUAUACCGCCUCCAGUCCUUACUCCGGGCGGCACUGCGGUCACUCCUAAGAUGACGACCCCAGUGCCAAUUCCUAUUCCCGGACUGGACGGUUCGGCCAUAGGCCCUGGCACAGCAGCUACGAAGCCGGCAAACACAUCUGCGCCGGCCUCUUCACCGACAGGUUCGGUUGGGCCGCCAGCGUCAAUUGCGAGCACUAUACCGGCAAGUAUAAUUACCAAACCACCGGCGGAGACGCCAGUACCGCCACCGGUCUUGUCUCCCAAGAAGUCCACCACACCCAUUCUUCCUCCAGUGCGUGAUCCUGCAGCUCGGAGGGAGACGAGGGGCGAGAUGGCAAAGAAAAAUCAGCAACAACUGGACAAUCCGACGCCAGUGUCGGCGCCGCAGAUUCCACAAGCACAGCGCUCGUCAUCCGCUGCGCCUUCCAUCAAGCAAUCGAGCUCUCGUGCGGCGACACCAGGCACAACACCCGUGCCGGACGGCCAAGGGCGACGUCCCGGCUCGCGAGGAAAAGCUAUGAGUCAAGAGCCACAGCCUUCGCUAGCAACUGACCGACCCCGUCGCGCUAGUACCGCGCGGAACACGCCAGCUCCCGAGCAGCGACAACCGAGUAAGAGGACUAGAAAGCCUGUGCCCGGUAUCGUCAGUAAGACCAACGCUGGAGGCAGCAGUGCCGUGGGUAAGCGAAAAGCGGCUCCCAAGAAGAAACGCGCUCAGAAAAAGGAAAAGGGCCAGCCGAUCGAGAUCGAGUUGGAAGAAGACGACGAGGGUAACCCAAUUGACCCUAAAGAACCACGGUACUGCGAUUGCAAUAGAGUCAGCUUUGGCGAGAUGAUUGCGUGCGACAAUGAGGAAUGGUUCCAUCUAGAGUGCAUGGGUAUGACGCAUAUUCCUGCGCGCACGACGAAGUGGUAUUGCCCCGACUGUCGCCAUCGUUUGAAUAUCGGGGAGAAGGGCGAGAUUAAUGCAAGGGGGGUCAAGGCCUGA